UCGAAAUAAUUGCGUUUCAGUUUUGAGUUGUGAUUCAAUCGCUUUUUCGAGUUUAAUUUCAAAUGGAACAACCUAUCGAAGAAAAUAUACAGAAGGUCUUGAAGCUAAUUGAAGAAGCAAAAGCUCGCCGUUCACCUGCAUUUACUCACGAAGUGGAACUUGUGGCUGUAAGCAAAAAGCAACCAAUAUCUUCUAUUGUCCGUACAUAUGAGUGUGGAAUUAGAGAUUUUGGAGAAAAUUAUGUGGCAGAACUUCAUGAUAAAGCAGUUGAUGAAGAAAUUGUACAUAACUGUCCUGAAAUUAGAUGGCAUUUCAUUGGCCAUUUGCAAAGUAACAAAGUUUCCAAACUUUUAGCAUGCCCAAACUUAUUUAGAAUUCAUACCAUUGAUUCUGUAAAAACUGCUGAUUUUGUUCAGAAACAUUUUGCAAAAAUGCCAAAUAAACCACCAUCUUUAAGCAUUAUGAUUCAAGUCAAUACAAGUGGAGAACCAACUAAAAGUGGAGUUACACCUGAUGAUGCAUUGGAACUAGUUGAGCAUGUGAUUAAUAAAUGUCCAGAUUUGAAGUUGGAUGGCUUAAUGACUUUAGGAGCUCCUGAUCAUGAUGUUACAAAAGGUCCUAAUCCUGAUUUUGUAACUCUUCAAAAGCUGAAGGAUACUAUUGAUGCAAGAUUUGAAGAGAAAGUCAAUUUAAGUAUGGGGACAUCUGGUGAUUUUGAGCAUGCUAUUGAACUUGGUAGCAACUGUGUUCGAGUGGGUGAAAAAAUAUUUGGACCAAGAAAAUAUUGAAUGAUAGCUGAAAUGUUGGAUGAUGAACCCAAAAUCUUCAAAUAAUUCUUCAUGUUCCUGUUCUGUUUCUGAUCGAUUCAUUAUUUAAUGUGUGUUUAAUUUUUUACUGAAUUAUUACAUUUGUUAAGGUUUCCAUUUAUAUAUAUAUAUAUAUAUAUAUAUAUAUAUAUAUAUAUAUAUAUAUA